UAACGAAUAUCCGGAGAAGAUACGACUACUUCCACGCGCCUUCACACUUCACGUAGGACAUUCCCUAACACGCAACUUCCUACCUCAGAAAUCGCCUGUCUCUGACAGAAGACAGAGGUGGAUUUAGAGCUAGGUCCUUCCGGCGAAGAUUCUGCCGACGAUUUUUAUGUUUGCAAUGGGAUAAGUUAUCGUUUGCAAAGGAACAGUUAUCGAAUAUUACCGUCGAAAGAGUUUCGAAUAUAUCGCAACGUGGAUUUAAAUAUGUGAAUCCUGCAUUUAAAUUAAUAUUUAUUGCUCCGGAUUGUUAUUAUUUAUUAGUUAUAGAAUUGUUGCAUUUUUGUUUUGAUAUUUUUAUUCCAUGGCACCAGGAGUGCCUCAGAAUUCGCUUAUGACGAACGAUUUCCCUUCUUCAAAACUGUACAUCGCAGAUGGAGGCAUGCACCUUGCAAAUGAGCCUGUCUCUUCAGAUGAAACUAACCUGACUUCCCGAAACUACGCGGGACUCGGAAACAUGAGCUUGACUCUGAAGAAAUCCGUCGAAGUGAUCGGUGUUGUUUUAGCAGACGACCGAGUGAUUGGUAAAAACUUUGUAAACACCGCAGAAAGCGGAGCAGUAGUGCUGGGAACGAUAUGCAUCGAAAAUCUUAAAAUUAGUCUAGAUGAACUGCGUCGAUUUAUGUGCGCUGAAUUGCCAUACUUACCUGCUGCUUUUAAUUUUCUUUCUAAAGAUGGCUGGCCUAUCCUUAAGAUGCAAGAACAUAAAAUAAAUACUAGUCAUGUAAUCAGAGACAACAACUGCAUCUGCAUCAAAAAAGAAUUUGAAAAACCUCGUGUGGGUAUUGUCACAUCAGGUGGAGAUCCUGUGGGAUUUGUGUUUACAGAUCUGAAUAUAAAUAUAAAACAACUUAGAGAAACAAUAGAGCAACAGUUAAAAAUCAGUCAGCAAUUAAGGCUAGAAUAUAGGUUCCUAGAAAGAAACGGUUGGCCUAUCAUGGCAAAUCAAGAAUCAAUUUUAUCACUGUUAGAUAUAAUGUUAGGACAAAUUGUGAGGAUACAAAAUGGUGAUAGAAAUUAUAUACCUACAGAAAAUGCAAGACCAACAUCUCUGAUGUUGACUAAUCCUAACAACCCCAUUGACAAUCGCCUCCCAUCUCCUAUGCAAGAGACUACAGACCAUGAACAAGUUAAGCGAAAAAAGUCUCUCAAAUUCAGUAGAGAGUCACAGUCAUCAAUGAAAGUGAGGAAGGAGAGUGAGAAAAGAUCACGAUCAGGCAAGGAGAUAAAACCCAUUCUGAUCAGUUAUGUUCGAGCAGAGGCAGCUCAAUAUGCUCUUGAUCUUAAAAGUGAACUAGUUGCAAUGGGAUUCAGAGUUUAUUUGGAUGUCCAUGAAAUCAAAACUGGUUCAGAUUGGCAAGAUGCUUUAAAUUAUGCUGUCACUACUUGUUUCCUAUUUGUACCUCUUAUAACACCCAUGUAUGGAAAGACUCAAUGGACAAACAGAGAGGUGAAGCUAGCUGAUGUAUUAGGGAAAAAAAUAAUCCCUGUAAAUUUUAUGGAACAUUGGCCACCAGCCUGUUUAGCUAUUCAAUUUGCUUCAACACAAUACAUUCCAUGGAAGCUUCAAGAAAGCGAUCAUGUUAAAGAGCCAGAAAAACCAUCUGAUUCAAAACACUGGGAUCCUAUUUGUGUAAAAAGGGUUGCAAGACAAAUUGCUGAUGGUUACAAUUAUUUAAGGAUGCCUAAAAGAAGUAUUUCCAUUAAGGAAAUGAAGACUGCUGAGCUUGCAAGUGAAUAUUACUCAUGCACCCCUAUGAGGGAGGACAUUAACAUGGAAGAUAGCAGCAAACAAAAGAUUGUAAUAAGUGCCCAUCCGAGGCAACGAUAUUUGGCCGAAGAUUUGAAAUCGAUGUUUGAAAAAAGUGGGCAUGAAGUGUGGUGCUCAGUUGAUCUGUUAGAUUUUCAAAUGAAUCUUGGAUCUGAAGACAUUACUAACAUAGACCCAACCACUCCUCGAAAUCUUCCCACCAUUCAAGAAGGGGAUGUUUUUUUCAGUCAAAAUGAUGGUGAAGUCAUCUAUAGUUCCUUUGGAGAUAAAAAGUCCUUAACUUCUAUGAAAGAACAGGAAACAUUUGGGAGGCGACCUUUGUCCAGGUUGAUGUCUCAGUUCAGUGACAUAAGUCAGCCAUCAACCUUGAGUCGUGAAAAAUUAGAUCAUCUCAAAACUUUUCAGAAAAAAGUGGAUGAAGCAUCUGUUAUCAUAGUUCUAGUGUCAGAGGCCUAUACAAAAUCAACAUUUUCUCACCAGCAGGUAUUUUACUGUGAGCACAGAAAACGAGUUGUUUUGGUGAAAUGUGAUGCUGCACCCAUUCCCAAGUGGUUUCGAUUGCUCAUGGGAAAUGACAUGAUACCUAAAUACAACAACCCUCAAUUUGAAUGUGUUUUAAAAGCACGAGUGAAGAGAGCAAUAAAUCCAUGCUCAUCUGAAACUCCUAAAGACGCAACAUCAGAAGCGAAAGUGAAUUACUUGGUUAAUUUUCUUAAACGAAACUUACCUCUCCAAGAUAUGUGUGUAUAUAUAACUGGCAGUAGCAAGCUCCAAACCCAGAGGGCUGAAGAAAUUUGCAGAGCCAUUGGAAGGGAGCUUGCAAAGGUAGAAAAAAUUUCCUUGGUCACUGGCGGAUUUUAUGGUGCAGCUGAUAUCACUGCUAAAACAUUCAAUGACUAUCGUGAAAACAAUGCUCCAUUUAGUUCAGAGGAAUCUGCUGUUGUUCAUAUCCUUCCAAUCCAUGACCCUGAGGAUUUAACAGCCAAAGCUCGUCAAAACCCUGAUGGUAGUUUUGAAGCUGUACCAUAUGGAAAAACUAUGUUUUUAGGAGAUUCUGUCAAGGAACGUGAGACCGUGGUAGCUCGACUGUUGGAUACGUGUAUAGUCAUUGAAGGGGGACCUGGUGUUGUACAUGAAGUGGAAGAGUUCAUAUGGAAUGAUCAUUUUGUCAUUCCUAUCAUGUCAACAGGUGGGGCUGCUGGUGGUCAAUAUGGAGUUCCUGUGAAAAUAUUUGAGGUGCCUCCAGGUGUUGACGACACUGACUGGUCUGUCUUGUCAGAAAAAGAGGCAACACCAGAAGAGGUAGCUAAGGCUGUUGUAAAUAUUAUGAUCAGCUUGAAGAAAGCUCUAGUGUCACCUCCAAACACUCUCAAAAAGUCCACUGCAAUCUUGAAACGCAAAUCUCGAAGGAAGCUUCUAUGCCGAAGACAAGACUUGCAGGAAAUCGAACUUGUGCCAGUUCCUAAUAAAAUUCCUCUCUCUGCCAUGAGGAAUGUAUACGAGAUGAGAGAAUCUUCCGAAGUGUCACAAUGCAGCAGUGAUGAACCCAGUUCAAUAGUUAAAGUGAAAAGAAGCUGGUGGCGUAGGUUCCUAAAUGCUCUCAAGCAUAAGAAUUGACAGAUUUUAAAAUCACUAGAACUCAACAAAUACAGUUUUUUAUUUUAUUUAAAUCAUUACUAAAUUUUACAUAUCAUGUACGAGUAUUCUCUUAUACUAGGUCAGCAAGACGUAGCAUUGUUGUAAUGCUGAGCAUUAUUAAUUUAUUUCACUGUCCUUAUUUAUUGUUAUCAUUUGCUUCAAUUUUUAGCAGAAUAUUCUUAUCUGAAAAUGAAUUUAGUGGGAAAAUAAGUUUUAAAUUUGCUUUUUGUUUUCAUAGCUUUAUCAAUAAAUAUUUUGAAGAUUAUAAUCUAAUAUUCAAUAUGGAUAUUAGAAUAGACUUGAUUAUCAAAAUAUGCAACAGUUUAUAUCCAUACUGCAAUUAUUUCAAGCAUUAUUUGCAUGCAAUUUGUUUCCCAGGCUUUCAAAGCAUUCAUUGCAAGAUUGUUGUGAAGUGUGGCAUAUGCAUUGAGCAUCGAAAUAUAUUGGACUUCGAAACAUAAAACUGUGAUAUUUUUUUACAAUGCAAAAUAUAGUUGUGUACUUAAAAUGACAUAUCACAGAAUAACUUUCAUUAUUAUUAUUCAUGUUCGGCAUGAAUGUUUGGCAUUUCCCUUUCCAUCAUGUAAAUGCACUUUCAUUUUUUUUGUUAUCCAAAAUAAUUUAUAAGAUUGUUGUAUAUAGUAAAUAAAGAAUUUGUUUAAUAUUUUA